GGGGAUAAUGGGAGAGGAGCGCAUUGCAAUGGCUGCGGUGUAGUACCCUCCCUGCACAAUUAGCCAAUCAGGAGCGCGCUCUGCCAGCCAGAAGGACGCAUAAAAGAAGAACAUUGCAGCAGAGGCACAGAAGGAGACUGCAAGAGGAGCUGGGAAUAUUACACACAGAACACAGCCGAACCACAACACCCUCCCCUGGACACACCCUGCUGGGGAUCACUGCUUCUCUUUUUUCUGAACUGUCGCCCACGCCAUUCGGAGAGAAAGCUCUCCUUCAUCAUCAUCCUGAAGAAAACCCCUUUCUCCUCAUUUUCCCCCUACAGAGGACACCUACCAAUCUCCAAGGGCUGAGAUUCCCCUGGUGAACAUUGUCUUUUUUCCUUUUUUCUUUUUUUUCUUUUUGGAUUUGGACACGGGCCUCUCCACAGUAAAUACACAGGCCAGCUAAUAUAAAGACCACAGAUCAUAGUAUUGACUCAACCUACGGCUUGAAGACCUGCGAAACGAAGAAGGACCUAGAUCACUCUCAUUGUAUGUCAAGAAUGGUUACUCAGAUAAUCAGCACCAUGGAAACCCAGGUGUCCAACGGUCCGAGCGGAACCAGCCUGCCUAACGGGCCAGUCAUCAGCACCAACGGUGCCACAGACGACAGCAAGACCAACCUAAUCGUCAACUACCUGCCUCAGAACAUGACCCAGGAGGAAUUCAAGAGCCUGUUCGGUAGCAUUGGAGAGAUCGAAUCCUGCAAACUGGUCCGAGACAAGAUUACAGGCCAGAGUUUGGGCUAUGGGUUCGUAAACUAUGUGGAUCCCAAUGACGCAGACAAGGCCAUCAACACUCUCAACGGUCUCAAACUGCAGACCAAAACAAUUAAGGUAUCGUACGCCCGUCCCAGUUCAGCAUCUAUCCGUGAUGCCAACCUGUAUGUGAGCGGUCUGCCUAAGACCAUGACCCAGAAGGACAUGGAGCAGCUGUUCUCCCAGUACGGACGCAUCAUCACCUCCCGCAUCCUGGUGGACCAGGUUACAGCAGGUAUAUCGCGAGGAGUGGGCUUCAUCCGGUUUGACAAGCGGAACGAGGCGGAAGAGGCCAUCAAGGGCCUGAAUGGCCAGAAGCCCCUGGGCGCAGCCGAACCCAUCACGGUGAAGUUCGCCAACAACCCCAGCCAGAAGACGGGCCAGGCCCUGCUCACCCAGCUGUACCAGACCGCUGCACGCCGCUACACUGGCCCUCUGCACCACCAGACUCAGCGCUUCAGCCUCAUCCCUCCAUUUGGAAAGGGACCAGAUCCAAAUAACAGCACAAAACCAAUACUCGACAAUUUACUAAACGCCAGCUACGGAGUCAAGAGGUUCUCCCCCAUCACCAUCGACAGCAUGACCAGCCUGGCGGGAGUCAACCUGACAGGGCCCACCGGAGCCGGCUGGUGCAUCUUCGUCUACAACCUGUCGCCCGAGGCUGACGAAAGCGUCCUGUGGCAGCUGUUUGGGCCCUUCGGCGCCGUCACAAACGUCAAGGUCAUCCGUGACUUCACCACCAACAAAUGUAAGGGCUUCGGCUUCGUCACCAUGACCAACUACGACGAGGCAGCCAUGGCCAUCGCUAGUCUCAACGGCUACCGCUUGGGAGACCGCGUGCUGCAGGUCUCCUUCAAGACCAGCAAGCAACACAAGGCCUGAGAGAGAGAGAGCUGUUAGCUGACGCCAGCUCCUUCAGCCAGCAGGGAGCGCCACUGAGCUCCCUGUUACUAUCACUCUACAUGGGCCUGGACUGAGUCUCUCUCUCUGAUGCACACUCACCCAUACACAGCCCUAUACACAUACAUACACACACUAUCAGACAUACAUAUUUACACAUUCAAACAUACAAAGUCAGAGUUUCAAACAAAUACACUAGUAGAGUUUUUCUUUUCUCUUUACACAACAUGCUAGUCCUUCCCUACGUUUGCCUGGAUUGAAUUAGUGGGGGUGUGUUGGGUAGUUGGUCUCUGGGGGUGGGGGGUAAGAGGCCUCGAUGAGGGAGACAGUCUAAUGAAUGUGACAGAGAAUGUGUGCUGAGUGCUUUGAUUGAAUUCAGGCAAAUAAUGACAAAAACUGCUGAAACAAAAUGAUCAAAAAUCUAAAAUGAACUACAAAUAUGUGCAAUUUAAACCCCAAACUCUUACCCCACGAACUAUCCCAUUAUCUUGCUGGAGAGAGUGUAGUCACUUUUUUUUACACUUGGGCAUUUUGAAUCAGUGAUUUUUUUUAGAUCAAAGAAAAUUAAUUAAAAACAGUGUUCUCUUAUAUACAUAUAUUAAAAUAUAACUAUAUAUUCAAUAUUUAAGGUGGUUAUAAUAGCCGAGUAUGUAAGCAUUUUCUAGAAACUUUGACUACUGUUUCCUGGCUCAACAUUAGGUAGGUUGUGACUAGCUUUAGGGCAGUUUCUCUACCCUAAUAAGGACAGAUCCCAUACGAUUUAGGUUAUCAGACUGAACAGAUACUGGUCACAAAGACAAGCAGCCUGAAGGCCACCAGAAUUACACCCUCACUACACAACACAGUCACACAUCAGCCCUGUUAGGGGGGGGAAACAACACAUCACUGACAUCUAUUUUUUUCACUCUGGUUCUUCUAUUCAGAGUAGAAUGGAUGGAUUCCACCACAAGCAGAGUUGUCUGUGUGAACAACGUAGAACAUUGUCCCAGCUAGUGUUCCCAUGGAGACAGUGUUCAUGUACAAUUCUCUGAGAGACUAGGGAGCGUGAGUUUAGAGCAGUCAUUUCACCAAAUCACAGAGCCACUUUACCAAAACACCCAACCAGAUAACACCCCUCCAAGGGAAUGAAAAGGUUUUUACAAUUCAGUGGAAAUGAUUGGCCUGGAUAAGUAGGCUCAACAUCACCAUUAUGCACAGAUCAGAUCGAGAGGACGGUAGUUUUGACUUAGGUUGAGAUUCCGUCAUGACUGAGCAGUGAUAUCUCCUCACUGAGUCCUAGAGGGUGAGACAGCUUCUUGCCUAUUCCUCAGUUUACUAAACACUCCUCAGUUUCCUUCAGACCCCGUAUAUGACACUUUAUAGAAGCUCCUGAGAAUCCGUUUCUAUUCACUCUCAUUAUAACCUUGCCUGCCCUGUCAAAAUAGAAGAAACCAAGCCUGCAGAAACCAACAGUGACAAGUUUGUUUAUCUCACAUUGGAAACUCAAAAAUAUUUUUUUUGUUGAUUUGCAACAUCUGAUCGGCACUAUCACCUAGCUGGAAUUGAAAAAAUAUCAACAAACCCAUGGAAAUAAUUUAUGACACCCCUUGAUGAAAAUAUAACAACAAAAUAGUCUUGGCGACUGUCUGUUAGAAACAUCUGACAAGACGUUUCAUGGGGAGAGAUAGGAUUACAAUAUAAAGACAUCUGCAUAUAAUAGAUGAAAUAAGGUAAAGUGUGUUCAAGACAUUUUUGCUUUUCUAAAUAACGCUGUGUUAGCCAAAGAGGACAACCAUCUCUUUGAAAGGAUUACUUUAGAGAUACAUCUAUUUUUAUAUAUACAAAAUGAACAAGACCUUGUGCUGAAUUUUUACAGAUUCUUAAAACUGGGACACCGCAUGGCUGUAUUUUAAGCCCUUUGAUCUUUGAGAGAGGGAUGAGCGCGUGCAUGCGGUGUAUAGGUGGGGGUCGAGGGAAGGGGGCGAUGAAGAAAAGUUCUCACACAACCUUACUUUUUCAACCACAACCCAUAAACAAACUAUUGAAAUAGCAAACAAAAGAAAAACACACAGACAUCGGAAUAGAACAAAUACACAUCAACACAAACCAAUUCAAUGAUUAGGCAUCAAACGUCACAGAGACAAAUCUGCAUUACUAAUACUGCCAUCUUUGAGUGUAAACAAACACAUAUCACUUCCUCUGAAGUUGCGUACAUUCAGUGUUGCUUCAAUGAUUGUACAGUGAAGUGUUAUCGCUUUCACAGGAGACACUUAAAUCAGGCUGCAGUAAAGACAGUCAGUUAGGCCCAAUGAUUUGUCCUCACAGACACCUUGGGCUGGUUCGAAACAGAAAGGCUUGAAGUAGAUUCUCAAUAAAGCGUCCUUUCAAUGCAAAGAUGAUUAGGUUUAUUUAAAUGAAGAUUUCGCCAAAGAAUUUGGAAUAUGAGUGUCAAUAAGAAAUAAUUCAGUCUAUACUAUUACUAACGGCUCCCCUGAUAAUUCUUCUAUAAACCAUUAUCAUUUAUUGCAUGAAGAUCCCUUAUCAUUUUAAAUCCCCAUAGCGCUUGCAGAAAUAUCUGUUGUUCAUAUCAAAUUAUAUCAGAAUGGACUAAUAUCUUUUGGUUAACAUAUCUGUUGAGUAGAUAUAAUUUAGCCCAUUUGCACAGGUGCUUACCACAAACCUACAACAAUGUAAACAAAGAAUUCACCUUUCAGCAAAAACCACGACAGUUCCACACAAGUGUCUCUUGAACCUCAAUACUGUAAUACUCACACCAUCCACUCACAACAGGAAUCCAAUUAAUCAGAGUAUGACAGCAUUGUUUCAGUUGAACCCUCAGCCUCUGUCUAACUCUGACCAUUCCAUUUCUUACUGUGCCCCAGUAGUAUAUUGGUGGUGUGCCAACCAAAACAAACAUGAAAUGUCAUACAUUAACACCCUGUCAUAAUCUAAUUCCACACCUCCCUUCCCUAUUCAAUUAGUUGUGCCCAUACUCAAGAGAAAGUAGCACAGUAGGACUGAUACAGCAUCACUUUAAGAGACCAGAUGUGAAUCUUGGGAACAGAACAGCAAAUAGGCCACGUUGUUGAGCUGCAGUUGAAGUAGUCCGUCCCACUGGUGAUAUGGAGUAGAGUUCCAGCCCAGUUUCCCCACACCCUAGACCAACAACAGGCCCUAGGCCACUCCCUAGACUAGAGCAACAACAAACUGUCCCAUCUUACACAGCCAAUACAGAGACCCUCUUCUCUUCCCACACCUAUGUAUGGUAGAGAGCCAAGGACAAUGGCAGGAGACAAAUGUACUGCACCGUUUGAGCAACAAUAAAUAAUCAUCUAAAAAGACAAAAAAACUUUCCUAUGGAACAGUAAGUGCAAUGUGCUUUGUUUUUAUAUUGACUGAGAACAAAAAGAUAUAUAUAUUUUUUAAAAGAAAAAGAAAUUAAACAUCACACUGAAAUGGUUUGUGGGGAAAGGCGGAAGGAUCAAAUGUAAAAAAAUCUAAGUGUUAAUGCACUGAUUCAUUAAAGAGAAUCAAACAAGCACCGAUGGAGAGCUCUGGAAAUGUCCACAAUCCCAGCCCCGGAUUAGUGCUCUGAACAUGCAAGCUAAAACUAACCGCAUAUUAUUGGGUGAAUAAAAAGAGCAAUUUAAUUGAAAAGACCUUGAAAGGGAUACUGUCUAAUAUAUCAUCAGUUUUAGCCCACGUCGAUUUUAGAAUAUUAUUUUUCCUGUAAUUUGAUUUUCUUUUACAUAUCAAGACUCACAUGUUAACUUAGCGUAUUUGUGUUGUUGACGUUACCAUAUAGGACACACAUGGGUCCAAGAUUUCAUUUGGUUGCUUUGAUUGGGUAUUUUUUCUUUCUUCAUUCCAUUAUUUAAUUAGUUGCAGUUCUUAGUAUAUGCAGAUUUUAGACUUAGUUAGAAAUUUAUUUCAAUCAAAACGUGUUCAAUUGUGUUUGUAAAAGUCUGUGGUAGCUUUUGUUGCAACAUAAAUAAUUUAAACAGAAAAAAUUCAAGAUAGCGCCAACAAACUUGUAUUAUUUGGGCGACUUUAAGCUUGUAGUUUUAACUUAUUGUUAACUUAAAAACUAUUUAUUAUUAUUGCCUCGUAUAAAGUAUGUUUUGUGUAUAUUUAUGGUUUAUUUCAUUAUAUUUGCAAGUUUAAAAGAUUUUAAGUUUGCCAAAAUUGUGGUUACAUUUUCUUUCUUAAAAAGGGAACAAAUAGAUUAAAAAACAGCUUUAGAAGUACGAUUUGGAAAUGUUCUCCAUAGUCAAAGAAUGCACUGCUAUAUUUAACUAAUUGAAGUGUAUAAACAUACAUGCUGUGUGCUAGAUGUUAUGCCUUUACUGCCUGUGUUCUGUUUGUCUUGUUAAAUGAAAACCUUUUGAUUAUUUAAUCUAAUCACAGUCUUGUUUUUCCAGCCACUGAGAACCCUGGGGAGUGUCAGUCAGGACAUGGGCUGGGCCUGGGGUGUGGCCUAUUGUAGGCUCCAAGGCAGAGCCUGGACCUUAGGCAGUGCCUGAGGCACCAUGUGCACUCAGCAUGCUUUCCCUCCUACAGCUGAUGAACAGAACUACUGUAGUUAUUAGAAGGACCAUAGUACCAAACUCCAACAUGACAUCUCAUGUACAGUAGUUCCAACAGCAGCCAGGAGGAAAGCAUCGUUGGGGGGUUACUCCUAUAGGAAAGGGGUCAGUGGUUCUUCUGUUUCUCGACCAACUGUAUUUUGUGUCUAUUUAUUUAGAAGAGGGGACACAAGAGUAACUUAGUGACGUUCUUCUUACAACAUUUUCCUGGAAUGGUAGAACAAAUCAAAGGAGAAAAUGAUCAAAACAGAUCUACUGGCAUCAAUGUAUCAAUGUCAGUAGGAAGAUAUCAAAAUCUCAUACUUCCAAACAUGACCAAAUGAACAAUGACAAAAUGUAAAAGAAAAUAAACCUUUCAGUUUAGGAUAUUUAUUACUGGGAUUUCAGCUGAAGACGCUUGAAGACUUUUUCAUGGAAUUGUUUAAUUAUUUGUACUUUACAUGCCAGAAAAAAUAAAAGGUUACAAAUCUGAGUGACCCAUGUUGUUUUUACAAGAUGACAUUGAGCGUUGUCAUUUCCAGAGGGUAACAAUGAAAACCCAUUGAUGCGCAUAAGACAAACUGCCCAGCAUCGUCAUAAUGCACAUCAUUGGCAUAAUCAUCUACUGUAGUAUUAGAGCCAACAGAGCAUAGUUAACAUACUGACUAUCCUGCU